UUAAAACUUGUUUCACCUCUGUACCUUUGCCUAAACUUUAUUCGGGAUUAAUUGUGAGUACCAUCUAAGGAUUAUCAAAAUACCGCUUUGUGUUUUGAUAAUCCUUGAUUCUGAGCUAAUCUUGAGUGACACUUUUUGCAAGCCUUAUUAUGGCAGUGCUUAAUACUGAUCCCUUGGUCUUUGGAAAGCCAAUAUCACUUCAUGUUCAACCAAAGUCCAAGUUGGAACCACCUGUUCUGUCAAUUUUGACACCUUCUAAGUCAAGUGACGUUCUAAAGGUGUGUCUGGCAGCAGGGUUUGCGCCUAAGGAAGGGGUCAUGAAGCUGACCUUGCCAGGCAAUAAGCCCCCUAUUCAUCACAACAUCUCCAAUGCUGUGCUGUCCAAAAAGGGGGUCUAUUACUUUGCUGGAUUUUCCAAGGAUGACAUUGAAAAAUGCCAAUUUCAAGACAAGGAAACUAGUAAGAUAGAUAAAGGUAAACCAGCGGAAGCUGCAUCUACCUGUGACCCCUCUAACAUUACAAACAGUAACAGUAGCCCGACCUACGAAAUCACUGAUGACCCAAAAAGAAACACAAUGACCCUGAUUGUGACAGGUCUCAGACUUCUUCUGGCUAAGGCUGUUGCAGUAAAUGUAAUGAUGACAAUCAAAGCAUUUCUUAUCUAAAGGAUAAGUUACAUUAAUUGCCUGUAAUCGUCUUAUCGUCUUGUGUUUCUGAGGUUUUCAAAUAGUAGUGUACAUAUAUAACAAAAUA